CGGAUAUCAUAAAAAUGGGAGUGAGGGACAUCUCUAACUGAAAUCGGCAAUUACUUAGUUGCCAACCCAAUAAAUGCCCGUACGGUUCCCGUAGCUUGCAAUAAACGCGGGCAAUUUGUAUAUCGCAUAAAAAUCAUCCGCGGUCUAUCCGCGAAUUAUGCAAAAAUCCCGAGUGGUUCUGUUCCAUCGGAAAUCGUCGGCAGACAGGAUCGGGGCUCAGGUUUUUUCUCGUUUGUCAUACGAAUUGUCUCUCUCUGUACUGUUAUAUCUCUGACACGCACUGUAACCGAAGAUGUACCCCAUAGAUGUAUGUAGACGUUUUCAAGCCAGCCUUUUCAAGCUAAUAAAUUAGGUGCCGUCCAAGAUUGCUGAGUAUGUACGUUUAACGCUUAAAAGCGGCACGAUAGUCGCCCCUACCCUCCACCCCUGAUAUUCGAUACCAUAGGAACCAUAACAAACAGUUUCCUCCGAACGCGUCUUCCCGCGCGUUUCUCUUCUCUUUUGACAAGUUUAACUUUUCCGUUCGGAUGCAUCCAAGCGUAGUACGUGUUUUAUCAUUUGAUCUAUGUCCGAUUAUGGAUUGUAUGCGUGGGAUUGUUUUCUGCUUUUUACGCAUAACGGAUCGAUCGUUCUGUACGCGCGCUCGAGUUAUUUGUUCAGCGUGCAGAGUGCUAUCGUUGGACCGCGGAUCUUUAUGUAACGGGUGGCACGACACGAGUCGGACAGCCGCGUGUUCGUUCCUCCUUCGGGGACUUUCGCGGAGCGAUCCCGUGCGCGUAACACGCGCGUACGAUAGGGAGAUUAUGUAAAGAUUCGUGGUCCAGCCUGUCGCAAGUGUGAAUUAGAAGAGCGAGCGGUCGACGGUCAAGCCGUGCGAUCGAACAGCAAAGACCAAAGGGAUUCUCAGCCGACGGCACGCCGUCGUCAGAGGGAAAGGUGGAAGAAAGCCUGCGGACGCACCGUGAGAACACGCGAACGCUCGCUUGCGGCGCCGGCGUUACCGAUCGCGGACCGAUCCUAGGGAACCGAUCCAGAAGCACUGAAAAACCUAACCGUGACUAACCCCCGUUGUUCGUCAUCUCGUUAGACACACAACGCGACAAUUGGCCAAGUUGCUUGCUCGCGUGAAAAACGACUCGAAUCGUUUCGCUCUAUCGUUCUACGAAUUGUAAAACAGUCAUGUAUACGUGCAUACGUCCAAACACACACGCGCCCACAUACACGGACAGACACACACAUGUCUAUAUAUAGAAAUAUAUAUCUAUUCACACAUAUACCACGCGUAUACCGUAUUGUAUCAAGAAACAACGAGUAUAUAUAUAUGUAUGCAUGUAUAUGUGCAUACAUAUUCGGCACACACCGGUCCGAUCGAGACGAUCGACGCAAAAGUGACCUAUAAUGCCGCCGAAAGAGAAUAAAGAGGAAAAUGAACGACCGAUCACCCUUCCGCUCUCCACUAUCCUCCAGUUGAGAAGCAUUCCUCGCAUGCCAUACGUGGCACACAAAAGGCUUGUGACCGUAAUCCACAUGCCCUACCAUACCGUGUACCACGGCGGCAUCGGCAGCCUGAUACCGAUAAGAGUUCAUGCGCGCGUGCGACCCAGCGUCCUCGCGGCCGAGCUCAACAGGAUACGGAACCUCUGGAGGCCCUCGACCGAGUCCUACACGGAAAAGUAUCUUCAGUCCAGGGAUCGCAUCUACUUCGACGACGAGGCGAGGGAAAUACGCGCGAAAGUGGAUUCCCUUCUGCGACGGGUACACGUGUUCGUCCCACGAGCCGUAGCAAGCGACUUCUUGGAAGAGAUUGUGCCGGAGCGUAUGCGCAGCGGGGAUUACGUGCGUCGGCUGCUGUCGGGCAAGUCCAUCGCGAAGAAAGACCCGAUUUCGUGGUACGAGGUGCCGGAAAGAGGCGACUUCGGGACGCUGGCGUGCGUCAAGUACGUCGCCGGUAAUCCACAGUCCGUCAGGAGGCCGUACUUCAAGGUCGCCGAUCUGCGCCCCUCCGAUAUCAAGAACGACGUUAAUUUUCUGAGCUACUACAAAAAGAAUCGGCAGGCGGCUGCCAACGCCUCGCCGGACCUGCCGAUGACGGAGAGAGAGCUGCGAAAGGUGCGAGCACUACAGCCUGAUUUGGACGAGGCAGCGCUCAAGAAAGUGCGUAUAAUAGAAAUCGAGCAGGAAUCGAAGCCGGAAAAGAAGCGGGAAUCCAGGCGAGCGAAACCGGAAGCAGCGAAGAAGGAGCCGGAACCGCCGAAAGAACCCGAGGUCGUCAAAGCAGCCGAGCCUGAACCGGAGCCUGUCAAGGCUGCGGAACCAGCACCGGAGCCUGCGAAAGAACCUGAACCAGCACCGGAACCUGCGAAACAAGCUGAACCAGAACCGACGCCUGAACCCGUCAAAGAGCCUGAACCGGCUCCAACACCUGCUAAACAACCGGCGAAGCCUACGAAGGCGAGAGCUAAGAGAGCAGCUGCGGCUCCUGCUCCGGCUCCGGAGCCAGCUGCGGAGCCAGUUAAAGAAUCAGCUCCGGAACCAGUUGCAGCACCAGCUCCGGAACCAGUUGUAGAAGCAGUUCCCGAACCAGCUGCAGAAGCAGCUCCUGAACCAGCUGCAGAAGCAGCUCCAGAGCCGGCUCCAGUUGUAGAAGCAGCUCCGGUUGCAGAAGCAACUCCGGUUGCAGAAGCAGCUCCGGAGCCGGCUCCAGCUGAAGAAGCAGCAGCUCCGGAGCCAGCAGCCGAAGAAAAGCCGGCCGAAAAGUCGGAGCCGGAAGCUGGUUCAGAGGCUGAGGUCGCUGAGGCCGUAAGUGAAACGGAAGCAGCAGCCGAAAAGCAGUCGGAGGAGAAGAACGUGAAACAAGAGAAGGAGGACACUAUCAAGAAGAUAGAGCAGUACCUUGUCACGGCUGCCGAGCAGUCCAAGAGCCUGGAAGAAAGGAAGCAGGCGGCCGAGGAUGAAAGAGUGAGGCUCGAGCUGGAGGAGACGAAGGCGUGGGAGGCUGUGCAGGUGGCGCAGGAACGAGUGGCGCAUCUCGACGAAAUCCGCGAGCAGGAGACCGCGGCGGCCGAGAGGGAAGCCGAGGAGGCCAAAAUGGAGGCCGAUCGGGUGGAAACCGAGAGAGUAUUGGAGGCGGAAAGGCAACUGGAAGAGGCCCGGGUGGCAGCCAUAUUGGAGGAGCAGGAGAGAAUGGUCGUCGAGGAACACCUCGAGGAAGUCCGGCUGAAGGAGGAGCAGGAGGAGAGGCUGGCGAACGUCGCGUUCGAAGACGCCGACGAAGUGAAGGACGUCGAUUGUUCCUGCGACGACCAGCUCGAGGGCGAGAUCACCGAUCAGGAGAGAGAGGAGAAACCCUACGAGCUGAUCGUCGACGACGAAACAAGGAUCGAAGAGGAUAUCGUGGAGGAGGAGCAUCUUGAACUGGACGCUCCGUUCGUCGAGGAGCCCCACGGCGCGGAAGGAAAAUCGCACGAAGGUGCGACCAGCGUCGAAGACACGCCGAAGAUCGAAGAAGUGGUGUCCGGCGGAGAGGAGAGUUUCGAAUGGGGCGACGAAGACGCCUAAUCGUUGCUCCGUUAAUUAAUAGAAUCGCAUCUCAUUACACCGCGAGUAAAAGGAAGAUGAAUACUUGUCAAUUACGUACGAGUCCUGUUGAAUGUUGAUCGAUUUCAAUCGCUUCGAAUAUCUCUCUCUCUCUCUCUCUCUCUCUCUCUCUCACUCUCUCUCUGUUUCUCCAUCUGUCAAUCUAUUUAUCUCUCCAUCUUUUCCACCUCGAGUCAUUCGCAUCCUUUAUUUAUUUCAUUGUCGGCGCUAGGUAAUUUAUAAACGGCAACCGGUCGAUCGACCGCGAGCGUCGAUUUUCGUCGGUCUGCCGAACGACGUCACCGGUAACCAUACUUCAUUUCGCGGCCGAGCCGAGUAACGCGUCAGAAGCCCGAGGAAUCGAAAGACAGUCUUCCCUCUCUAGCGGAGACGCGAUCGAUCCCUUGACCGAGUCGAUUUUCAUUAGAACCGUAGCCCGCAUCCUGUUAUUUAUUCUAUUUCCAUUUCUCUCGUUGCGUGUCCUUUCUGACGUAUUACUCGAUCGACAUCGAAGAACGCUCAGCUCGGUAUAAUGGAACUCAUAAAUAAUGCAGGCCGCAUCGCAAAGCGAAAUAAGCAUAUAAGAAAUUAUUAACCCGAGAACGGUCGCGUCAGAGACAAGACAAACCGUCGAUACAAUUUAAGCCGGCAUUAUUACACGAGGGUCCCGUUUCCAACGGGACGAACAAUCGUAUGCCCCGCGCAUCCGUAAACUUUUCGACGAGCUUCCGCUGCGUUCUUCGUUUAGAAAAAAAAAGAAACAUCGAACGACAUUCAAGAUAAAUACAUUACACCGAUGUUCCUAUAUUCGAAUCACACACUGCACGUUCGUAUGUCUCUCUGUAGCACGCACUGUAUACUAUAUUAUUCACGCAAUGCCUAUUUUGUCUAUACUUAUACGAUAAUAAAUAAUAGCAUUUGUGUAAUCCACCUGGA